AUGGCCAAGGCGCGGCCGUUCCGCCUGUGGCUGGCGCUGGGCUCCGUGGUCAUGAUCCUGCUGAUCAUCGUGUACUGGGACAGCGUGGGCACCGCCCACUGGUACCUGCACACGGCCCUGUCCCCGCCGCGCCCGCCCGGGCCCCCUCCCAGCGCCGGGCGGGCCUUCCCGGCCGAGGUGGACGAGUUCCUGGAGAAGCUGCUGGGCGCCCCCAAGAGGCGGCCGGAGCCCCCGCCGGCCUCGGGCAGACCCCCGCCGGGCCCCGAGGGCGGCCCCGAGGAGAGCGUGCGGGGCUACGACUGGUCCAGCCGCGCCCCGGGCCCCGAGCCCGGCCCCGAGCCGGACGAGCAGGCGGCGCGCCGGAGCCUGCUGCGGGACUUCUGCGCCAACGCCAGCUUCGCCUUCCCCGCCAAGGAGCGCUCCUUCGACGACAUCCCCAACUACGAGCUCAACCACCUCAUCGUGGACGACAGGCACGGGGUCAUCUACUGCUACGUGCCCAAGGCCGCCUGCACCAACUGGAAGCGCGUCAUGAUCGUGCUCAGCGGCAGCCGGCGGGGCGGCGGCGCGCCCUACCGCGACCCGCUCGCCAUCCCCCGCGAGUUCGUGCACAACUCCAGCACGCACCUGACCUUCAGCAAGUUCUGGCGCCGCUACGGCAAGCUCUCGCGCCACCUCAUGAAGGUCAAGCUCAAGAAGUACACCAAGUUCCUGUUCGUGCGCGACCCCUUCGUGCGCCUCAUCUCCGCCUUCCGCAGCAAGUUCCAGCUGGAGAAUGAGGAGUUCUACCGCAAGUUCGCCGUGCCCAUGCUGCGCGCCUACGCCAACCGCACCAGCCCGCCCGCCUCCGUGCGCGAGGCCUUCGGCGCCGGGCUGCGCGUGUCCUUCGCCAACUUCAUCCAGUACCUGCUGGACCCGCGCACCGAGCGGCGCGCGCCCUUCAACGAGCACUGGCGGCAGGUGCACCGGCUCUGCCACCCCUGCCAGAUCGAGUACGACUUCGUGGGCAAGCUGGAGACGCUGGACCGGGACGCCGCGCAGCUGCUGCGGCUGCUCGGCGUGGACCGGCGGCUGCACUUCCCGCCCAGCUACCGGAACCGCACGGCCAGCAGCUGGGAGGAGGGCUGGUUCGCCCAGAUCCCGCUGGCCUGGCGGCAGCAGCUGUACAAGCUCUACGAGGCUGACUUUGUGCUCUUCGGCUACCCCAAGCCCGAGAGCCUGCUGAGGGACUGA